AUGACCAUGUCUACGAAUGCGCGAAAGGCUCUGGCAACGCCUGCGACUACGGCGUCAGGGACAGCUGCCGAAAUUGCGGAAAGCUCAGCUGCCCGUGAACGGAAAGUCCGGCAUCACAGUACGAAGUCAAGGGACUCUCAAUUCGACUCCCGCCCAUUCGGAUAA